ACCCCACCAGUGCUGCUCUGUUGCUCGGGUCCUCUGAAGCCGCCAGCUGCCAACUGAAACCCGAAACCCGGCUGCGUCUGCGGGCUGGCCCUGCUCAGUUGUUCCAGCCUCUUGUACUGUAUAUUUACACAUUCACACACAAUCACUCUUUCUAACUUCUGGAGUCCUUGCGCAACUGCUAGGAUUUCUCAAGUGCAUGUGGCAACUCAGCCCGGGUGAAAGAAAGCCAGUGGGAUUCCGGAGAUCGCAGGCCCGCGGGACCGCCAGGCUGCAGAGGGGGCUGCGGAGGGGACAGAACCAGAGCGAUACAGACGGCUGGGGCUUCCCCCCAACUUUCCGCGCAGCUGCGGCUGACUCUGUGGCCACAGGGCUUCCUCCUCCAGAGCAGCUCGCAGGCCGGGCGAAUGGGGCUCCUCUGCACUUGCCCUGGCUGUGGGAAGUAAAGGGCACCCGCCCGCCUGAACUCAUCUUUUGGCCAGUCCUAGGACCUUGGGAAGUCGGAUCAGUCGCGGUCCGCAUAGGUCCCUCGUCCUCAGCAGGGUCUGGUUUCUCUACCUCAUCCAAGAAGAUGUUCACUGAGACUUGGAAACUUGAAAGAUUCAGACUGCAUUCCAGACUGGAAAAGGCCAUCAGCUUGAAAAUGGAAGAGAACAAUGAUACUACGGAGAACUCCCAAGUCCAAGGGCGUCAGAAUGCCACCAAGUGUGGGUGGCUGAGGAAGCAAGGAGGCUUUGUCAAGACUUGGCAUACCCGCUGGUUUGUCCUCAAAGGGGAUCAGCUUUAUUAUUUCAAAGAUGAAGAUGAAACCAAGCCCUUGCUUGAGAUUGGACAAUGUGGGAGUUUAUCCCUUGAGAAACCUAUCAUCUAGGAAUGGGACCUUAUGGAAUUUUCCACAUCCAUGUUGGCAUAUCACCUGGCAUUGCUAUUAUGUGGGUCUUCUUUGGGUAACCUUAUCUUUGAGAUCUUAUGGAUUCAGUUUCCUGAAGAAGAAGCCUUAUAUUUGAGAAGGAGGAGCAAAAUGAUAUAGAUGCCAUACUCAUGUAUGAAUUUCUCCAAAAACUGAAAACUACAUCAUCAAUAAAGAUGUAUAUUUAUUAUCUA